GCGCACCAAUCGCGUCUUUUUUGUGGUGAUACCAUUUUAAAAUGUUGAUUUUACCAGUUAAAUCUUUUCAAAAGUGUUGAAAACUAGUGUUUGUGCGAAGUUUAGGUGAAUGUCUAUCCGCGGAGACUGUCAGGUUUUUAAACCGACGGGAUUGGAGCUGUUUUUGCGCUUUUCAUUUUUAAGGCGCCUCCCGCAAUUUCUGGAUUGUUUAUGAUUGAGCAUGAUUAAUCUACCGUCUAGUGAGGUGACAUUUAAACCAAAACUUAAAACAGUUCAAAAACUUUUUACGAUUGGUGUAGUCUAUUGACGAGAAACAAACCAUGAAUCUGAGAGUGAACAUUAGAAUCCGAAAAGAGUACAGCGGAAUAAGUUAUCUAUAAAACUACUAGUCAUAACGUCAGUCGGAAUGGCGGGAUACAAGUGUGUAAACUUUGUCGAUUUAUGUCGUCUCUGUGCCAGCAGUGCUGGCACCAAAACCGGGAUAUUUUCCGAUGAAGGAAAACGCAAAAAUAUGGCAUCAAAAAUUGCGGAUUGCUUGAAAGUUAAAAUUCACGAAAAGGAUCGGUUACCGAAAGGAGUUUGCUCGAAAUGUUUGCGACAGCUGGAUUCGCAGGUCGAGUUCCGAGAAGCUGUUGUCAAGGCUCAGGCCAUGCUGGAAAGUUGUCUAAACUCAACCAAGCUGAAAAAUGGUGGCAUGGUUUACAUCAAGGACGAUGCCGGAACGGCAAAAGAGGUUCCGGCUAGCGCUCCAAGUCCGAUCAAAUCGUUACCGGAGAUCAUUGCCGCUCCAUCUAUCACACUUCCAACAAUACAAACAGCAACACAACAACCUCAGCUGAAGCUUAUUCCGACGGUUAGCGCCGGUGGUCAAACGGCAACGUUGGCACUCGCUCAGACCAAUUCUCAGCAACCGCAACAGCAGCAGCAGCAAACGAUUGCGAUUGCUUCAUCGGCAGGAAAUUUGACUGGCACAACUCCAAUCAUAAUCAACAGCUUACCGAAAGCAUUCCUGCAGCAAUUUCAGCAACCCAAUACCAGUGCAGGAACGGUGCCUACAGCUGCUAUAAUGGCGGCACCGAAUGCCGAUUUCCUGAACAGUUUACUUCAAUCGGUUCAGCAGCAGCAGCAACAGCAACAGCAACAACAACAACAGCAGCAGGUUGCAGCUCAAAAUCCUCCCCAAUAUACCAUAACUCUGGAUGGACAAACCAUAAAGGCGAACCAGAUUCAUUACAAGAUUCAAGACAGCAACCAGACGUUCGUUUCGGCAGGAGUUUCCGGUGCCGAAAACGAUCAACAAAGCUGUCAGCAACAAGUGGAUGAGUUCCUCAGGCUGAAAACACCAGUGAAAUCAGACAAGAGAGAAGCGAUGGAACAAAUGAUGGAAACUCCACCAAAGAAACCGAAAAUCAGUUUGCUAGUGAAAUCACCUCAAGCAGCUACCCCGACUCUUGUCACAGCUACUGCGACACCACCUAAGCAGCAACAAGCAACCAUUCUGUCUGCCAACGCGAGCCCCGCAGAGAUAAAUUCCGGCAACAUUACAAUUACCCCGGUAUCCUCUGGAGGUACCUUUUCUACCGGUACAUUCCUUGCCAGCACUCCAGUCGCCAGUUCAUCCAUGGGCAAUACCACCCCCAUAAAGGCCACCAUUCCAAUUCUCGAUGCAUCCAAGGUAAUGCAACAGGGUUCCAACAAAUGUGCUAUGAUACCGAUUGUCCUCAAGUCGGAAUCCGGCGCUGAUCAAGUUGCACUAGCACAAAUCGCCAAUGUAGCCGAUAUGAGCAAAAACGUUAUGCCCAACGUUCAGUACGUUCAAAUGAAACUGCAACCCAGCUCGGAUGGAAUGAUCCGUUUAGCGCCAACUCAAAUGCCUCCAGCACUAACCCUCACCCCGCAAGGCUUGCAACAGUUUGGAAUCCAGCCACUGCAAACUAUACAGAACCAACAACAGCAGCAGCAACAGCCCCAGAUUCAAAUCCAACCGGCACAAACAGCUCAACUGACAAUGCCAAGCAUUCAAGUUCCGCUGAGCAGCUAUCUCAGUCUAGUCGAAAAACAGCCCCAGCAAGUGCAAGUCGCUGCUCCUGAAAUCCAAACGUCCCAAGGGCAGCCGACCGCUAACUUGGUUAUCACAAAUGCACCAGUGAUGCAGCAACAGCAGCAAACCCAACGACCUCAACAACUGCCGACCGUUCAACGGCAGUCCAUUCCUCCCCCUCCACCUCCAGUUCCGCUACAACUGUCUCCUCCAGCUCCACAACCUUCUGCUCCAGCUCCUUCGGUUCAAACGAGUACCCCUAAACAGCAAAAGGUUAACAAUCUACCAACCCGUAAACAACCUGAACCUGAUAACAAAACCACCGAAUCGCCUCCCUCUGGAGGCCUCACCGCACAAUCCAUUGCCGCAACCCAGCAGAUGAAAGCCAUAACGGCUCUUUCGGUUAAACAGGACAGCGUCGAGGGAACCACGUCCACCAGUGGUGGCGGAUCAUCGACCGGAACCAACCAGCCGGGCAGCGUUUCCGGGGUCAGCUUCACCACCUGCGACGUUUGUUCGAAAUCGUUCAAGCGCAAGGAGCAUCUGAUGCAGCAUCUGAAAUCUCACGUUGGUCUACGGCCGUUCAAGUGCAGCGAAUCCGGAUGCAAUAAAUCGUUCAGCCGCAAGGAACAUCUACUUAGGCAUACGGUGUCCCAUUCGGGCCGGAAGAUGUUCUCCUGUCCGGUGUGCCGAAAAUAUUUCUCCCGAAAAGAUAAUCUUAACAAGCACAGAAAAACACACACGGAAAAUCAUAGCACGGCUCCUUAUCACUGUCCGAUUUGUAACAAAAGUUGCUAUACCAAGGGACAGAUUUUGAAACACAAACAAUUGCAUGCAAAUGCGUCGACAGGCGGCAGACACACAGCAGCGGUUCAGAAUAAGGUGGUCAAGAACAAUUCUCCAGAAGCAAAGACACAAUCAUCAUCUGUAGUGUCACAACAGCAACAACAACAGCAGCAGCAGCAGCAGCAACAACAACAACAGCAGCAGCAGCAGCAACAACAACAACAACAACAGCAGCAACAGCAACAACAGAAGCAGCAAUUACAACAGCAACAGCAGCAGCAACAACAGUUACAACAACAUCAUCAGCAGCAACAACAACAACUCCAACAACAGCAACAGCAACUUCAACAGCAAUCGCGACAAACCAUACAAAUUCAGCACGUACAAUUACCGACCCAGCAACAGCAGGUUCAACAGCAGCAAAUCCAAAUCGCCAACGUAUCCUCUGCUGGCACAAUCCACCCCCAGCACAUCUUUACCAUUCCAGCCCAGUUGGCAAACAGGCUGCAGAUCGCAAUGCCCAGUGGCCUAAUCACCCAACAGCAGCAGCAGCAGCAACAACCUCAACAACAACAACAGCAACCACAAACCAUUCAAGCCAUCCAAAUUGGGGGGUCGAUUCCGGGACUUUCAGCAGCUCAGUUGACUGGUGGAACCGGAGAUGGCAAAACGGGCAUCAUAAAAACAGCCGAUGGUCAAUCGGCAGUUUACACCAUUCUAUCGAACCUGAUGAUCGAUGGUUCCCAGUUCAUAGGAACGGCUACCGGUGGCGGUGGCCGGGAAAUUAUGGGUAACAUCAAGAUUGAGUAGAUCUAAAAAGACCGGUACAAGAUUAGUGGUAUUUGUGAUGCAUUUUUGGACUACUUUUGACGAUAUGGUAAGUGUACGAACUUCCUCUCUACUUGUUGAAUAUUCGUUGCAUCUGUGUUUUGCCACCAAAAAGCACUUAAUUGGCAUAUUUUCUUUAAAAGAUGGGUAAAUUGACGUGCUGUCUCACUUUAACAUCAAGAAUUGAGGAUUGUUCAGCAAUGAUACAGACUGUAAAUAUUGGUUUAACAGAGCAGAGGAUCGGUAAACUGGGCUCUGAGAAGAAUCUCCCAUCAGUAUGGAAAAUAACUCAAAGUUCAGUGGGAUAUUUUACAACCCUUCAGUUCUUGUAUCAAUCAGAUUGAUUGCUGUUAAUUAUCAUGAAAAAGUUGAACAUAUUCAAGUAUGUAGGUAAUCAAAUUAUUCAAAGUCUCUUUUAUAUGUGAUGUCUUUUAAAGUGUUAAUAAUUUGUCUUGCGGGCAGCAACAGCUUUCAAAUACAGUUUUUUUUUAAUUUGAAAAAGUUCAUACCUGUAGAUUUUAAAGAUCCUAGCUUGCUUGUUUUCAUUAAACAAUUGUUUGUCUAAUACAUACUCAGCAAAUUGGAAAGGAUAAUAUAGGUAGAUCUUCCCCAUGUUGCCCUAAUCUUUCACAACUUGAACUUUUCCCACUUGAACGUUGUAUAGUGUUCCUCUGGUCCGAUAAGAUGUUUCUCACACGAACAAACGUCCAUCGGGUUGUAAUCUUUACAAAGUCUAAACUAUUUACAGUCCAUACGCAAAUGCCCGCACCUUGGCCUUAACCCCGACCAUAAGAUUCUGCACAACGUGUGAAUCAACCGUUUUUUACAUAUAAACCCAUACUUUCUUCAGUUCCUUGACUGUCUUCACUACCUUAGGUCAGGGAUGAGCAUGCGGCCCUCGAGACAUAUUUGUGCGGCCCGCGGAGCUUUUCUCAAAUUGAAUUUAUUUCACGAUUUUUUUCUACGAUAGAUUGUUAAUUAUCAUAAAAAAGCAGUCCCUACUAAACCAAAAAAUUGAAAUACCAAUAACUUGAUAUGCACGCCACUUGUUGACUUAUUCGUAGGAUUCAAUCUUUUUAUUGAAUUCUUUCAAAGCCCUAGAUGCAAUAUUAUUUGUUGAAAAAAAUGUAAUAUUUAGUUACUUAAGUCAUUAUUUUUCAUUUUAAGCAAAGUUAAAAUUGUAUGAUGCAGUUAAAUAUUUUUGUUCUUGAUUAACUCCGGAAACAAGUAAAAUUUUAAUAUUAAGACUGGGUGAACGAUUAUAGAUUUCUUAUGGACAUGACUCAGUGGAAUUUGAUUUCUUGACAAAAACAAUACCUAUAAUUCUUUAAACCACCCCUAAAAGUUUAUAACGAACUGCAUUUUUGGUGCCUAUGUUUCAAUACCUCAAAACAUUUCACAGAUUUCGUCUAUCACUUCUAGUUUUGUUUGAUUGGGUUGAUAAAUAAGGUUGCCAGAAUUUUUUCAGCACGUACCCGGCCGGACAAAUCCGGGCUGUUUUAUCUAAAAACCUGGAAAAAUCCGGGCAUUUGAUAUUAAAAUAUCGACCUAUAAUCCGGGCAAUAUCCGGACAAAUGGUCAAAUGACUCGACACAAAUCAAGAAAAAAAAAAAACUUGAAAAAAAAAAUUUUUUUUUUUUCAUCAGCAGUUUUUAAAUCGUAUUUAAGUCUUUCAAAAAAUUUCUCAAAAUUAUUUUUAUAAAACUUGAUAAAAAAAUCAUUUUGGAUACAAAAAAUAAAAAAAAAUUCAACACAAUUUGUUUUUUUGUUUAUUUUAGCAAAUAAAGUGAAUAAAUCAGGGUAAGAUCCGGGCCUUUUUCAAUGAAAUCCGGGCAACCGGGCCGGGCUGGACUUUUGUCAAAUUUUGUGUUGAAUAUCCGGGCAAACCUGGAUAGAACCGGGCAAUCUGGCAACCUUAUGAUAAAUCAACAAACUUACAUAAAAACCAAAAGCUGAUUUUCAAUCAAUUAACUACUCUUCAUUCAAUCAAGCACUCAGAUAUUGCCAAGAUAUUUUUGUAUGUACAACGCUUUCGAAAAUUGAACUCUACAAUAUAUAGAAUUCCUAAAAAUAAGAUUACAACUUCUUCUGACAUCAUUAAAGAAAGUUAUUGAAUAUUUAAGAUUUUAACUCAUUUAAAAACUUCGUUGAAGACUGCGGAAUGAUUUGACUUGACUCAAUUAAGUGUUAUUUUCCUUUAAAAUUUCAUAAAAAAAUGCCGUUUUUUGCAGGUUUGUAAAAAAAUAACAAAAAAAACUUCCAUUACUUUUUUCUCAGAAUUAAAAUUUACUUGCAGUCUUUGGGAAAGUUGAUCAUUAAGUCAAUAAGUAUUUGUAUUUUACAUUGCAGUCAAAGAUACACAAAUUGAAUUACUUAUUUCCUAUCUAUUUUUAAAGUUAUCUCGAAAACUUGAACUUACAAAAAAAAAAACUAAUUGAAUAUUGGGAUUCAGUACCCUUGAAUGAAUAAAAAUCAGUUCUGAGAUACCUUUCUCCUUGGAAAAAUGUGAAUUUUGUUGUUUUGUGUUAUGUGUGAU